AACUUGACAAUACCGUCACUAAUUUACAUUAUUUUCAUUCCAUUUAAUAAAUUAAUAAUAAACUUUAUUAAAUUUUAUCUAUUGUGAUAUCACUUUAAAUAGUCAUCUGUUUCUAAAAAAAAAGUAUACUAAUCUUUAUUUGAAUAAGAAUUCAGUGAUAUGAAUCCUCCAAACAAAUCGACGGCAUUAUCUGCCGAUCUUAAUAAUUUUAUAUAUGGUGUUGCCAAAAGGAGCCCUCAAAAUGCGCCGGAACUAACGAAAAUCGGUUUAACAUUGUUGAAAAACUUCCCUGCAGCUAGGGAUGCUGUUCUAGAGUACUUUGCAAUGGUGUUUCAUGAUGCAGUGAAUGCUUCAAUCAACCAGAUUGAAUAUGCGGCUGAUGUUAGUACACACAGCUCAUUGGAGUGUGUAAAUAUGAUUGGAGCUGAGCUAGGUGGUCUUGGCCAGUCAUGGGCACCAUUUAUAGCCCCAUGGUGUAUUAAUUUGAUUAUGGAUAUAGCCACUAAGAAGUCAAAUGUACCAAAUACUACACUUCAAAGUACAGAUCCUGUUAGAGUUCUGUUGGAUGUCACUACACAAAAUUUGACUUUACUGAAUCCAGAAGAAAGAGCAAAAUGCAUUGAUAUGAUGUUGGGGUCGUGGGCGUGCUCGUGGGCGGUGGGGUGGGUGGGCCGCGCGGAGCCGGCGCUGGUGGCGCCGCGCGCGCUGGCGCUGGGCGCGGACGCGGCGCGCGCCGUGCUCGCGCACCUCGCCGGACACGCGCCCGCGCGACCGCACAUCCGCGCCGCGCUGCUGCAGCUCUUCCAUGAAGGAAUUGAGGAGGACAGUAGGUCGGAAAAAAAGCGCGAGGUGAUACCUUACUUGCUGAACCUCGCAUCGAGAUCUGAUGUCGUGUUAAAAGCACUCACGCAGGACAUUGAGGAAACAUUGACGGACGAGGUGGUGGAGCGCGUGCGUGCGAUCUGUGCGGCGUCGCGCGGCGCGGGCGGCGCCUGGGAGGGCGUGGGGCCGGCGCAGCUGGUGGCGCUGCUGGCGCGCUCGCACGCGCGCUGCCUGCUGCUGCUGCUGCGCCACGCACACAGCGACCGCACCUGCCGCCAGCUGCUAGAAUAUCUUCUACAGAAACUGGAGUAUGAGAGUUUAUUUCCAGACAAAACUAUUCCCCUACUUAAUAGUGUAGCGGAGGAAAUAGAUCUGAUCAGAGAAAAGAUGCUUACUGGGAAUCAGUUGGAGCAAUAUUCUCUUGCAAGGAUACUAAUUUUAGUGUGCAAUAAUCUUCCAUCGGAAUUCGUCAACACAAUUAGCUACUUCCUGCAGUAUUCCCGGAAUGACACAACACUCGCUUUAUUGGUGCGCAUCGUGUCGGGAACGAUCAGUAUGCACAUUCCUAAUGAUUCGACCGACAUCAACAUGGACACAGAGAGAUAUCAAAACCUUAUAAAAACGGGCGUAGAGUACGCCCUGAGGGACGCCAUGAUAUCGGACACGCAGAUAAAACGGAUUUUCAUAGAAGACAAUGUGCCCAAAGAUCAGAAGACUUACUUGCAUUAUUAUUGCUUGAAUAUCAUCAAACUGUUAAGGUGGGAGAACUCGAACCAGGUGUCGCACCUGCGGUCGCGGCCGUUCGGGCGUGCGGUGGAGGCCAGCCUGUACGCGGUGGGCGGCGCCCUGCAGCAGUACGCCGGGCUGCUGCGGCCGCGCCCGCCCGCCACUUGUGCCGCGCUGCCCGAUAUGCCCACCUGCCACGCACUCGCACACGUACUGGACAGAGUUGAUAUGUCGGGAACAAAAGCCCCGCAGCCAAGCGUGGAGGUAAUCUUGAAAGUGGUGCAAGCUACCGUUAAGUAUUUCUUCAGGUGCCUACACGAGAAAGAUAUAAUGGACAAACUGCGCGGUGUACAGACAGCGUGCCGUUUGCUUCGCAAGCUGUGUUUACACAGCAAAUUGGCUCGCGCUAUUGCUCUUCGUGAACUAUUAGAAACCGCCAUGUUCCGUGAGGAGCACGCUUUUGGAAGCCGCACUAGCGCCACCACUAGCACCAGUAUUAGCGCCAGCGCCAGGGACUCUGGAGAUGACCUCCUCAUAUACCUCAAUCAGAAACAUGGUCCAAUAACUCAGUUGACGCAGAGUCAUACGUCAGUGUUUCACGCGGGAAUCAUCGGGAAGGGCGUUCGAAAACAAAAUGGCGGCGGCAAUGAUGGCAUUCCGCCCAUACUGAGCACCAACAAUGAGCUGCUGAUGGGCGCGCUCAUGUCGUGCAUGGAUGGCAACAGCGGAGUUGUAGAGGGCGCCACGUCACUGUCACUAUUGUUGGUAGAACUUGUUUCGCCAGAUGUUAUGUAUAAUGGUCUUCCGUGGCCGGAUGAAGAUUUUACCAAGCAAGUGAGCAUAGAGCGCGAGUUGUAUAUGCGCGCCGUGCUGGAGGGAUGUUCGGUAUCGCGGGCCGCCUUGCGGCGGGCUGCAUCCGCGCGGCCCGCACUCUGCCUCGCAUCGGCGCUGCUGCGGGCCGUCGCCGCUACGCUUCUGCAUCGACUGCGCGCGCAUCUCGCCACUGAUCGCCACAGUCAGUCGCCAGAGUUGGCCCGCGAAAGGGUGGCACUAUCAGAGUUGCUCGCCACAAUGACAUUGGGACAGUUGUUGCCGCAUCCACUCUGUCACAUGCUGGAACUGGCCCCUGAACUCACAGCCAGCGAGACUGUCCAAGUAUUGAGAGAUUGUUUAUGGAACUACACCAGAGAUCAUGUGCCCUCGCCAGCUCUUUUCACAUGCGACUCCACAGGGCUCCAUUGGCGUGAUCCGUCAACGUGCAAGCCGCCUGCGACGUACACGGAUACCUUAAGACUGAUCAUACAAAAAAGAAUAUCAACGCUUGGCCACCUAUACCCGAUAAUGUUUUUAAAUCUUGAGAAAGAAGUACAAUAAAUAUAUUUUACUGUUUAUUGUAAAUAAUGUAAAUAAAUAAGCUAAUAAAGUGCCUCUUUUUG